AUGUCACGUACAAUAUCCCCAUAUUCCUCAUCCUCAUCUUCUUCUCAAUCAAAACCAACAAAUAAUUUAUUAAAUCAAAAUAUAAUUAUGGAAGAAGAUUUAUUGCAAGAUGAAACUUUGUAUUUUGAAAGGAAUAGAAUUAAACAAUUAAAAGAUGAAAGGAGGGAUAUACAAAAGAAGACUUUUACAAAAUGGUGUAAUACUUAUUUAAGUAGAGCUCGUAUGGAAGUCCAAGACCUUUUUGCAGAUUUGGGGGAUGGUAUAAUGUUAUUAAAAUUUCUGGAAAUUAUAAGUGGAGAAAGUCUUGGGAAGCCUAAUCGUGGAAGAAUGCGUGUACAAAAAAUUGAAAAUAUAAAUAAAAGUUUGGAAUUUCUUAAACAAAAGAAAAUACAAUUAGAAAAUAUUGGAGCAGAAGAUAUAGCAGAUGGAAAUGAACAUUUAAUUCUUGGCCUUAUUUGGACAAUAAUUUUACGUUUUACAAUAGAAAAUAUAGAAAUUGAAGCAAAAGAAUCGGGGGAGAGAAAACACGCAAAAGAAGCUUUGCUGCUUUGGUGCCAAAGAAAAACAGCUGGAUACCCAAAUGUUCGAAUCGACAAUUUUUCUUCUUCUUGGCGUUCUGGAUUGGCUUUUUGUGCUUUAAUUCAUUCACAUCAUCCUGAAUUAAUUAAUUUUGAUGGACUUAAUACACAGGAUCCUUUAUCUAAUUUAAAUAUGGCAUUUGACGUAGCAGAACGUAAACUUGAUAUUGCACGUUUACUUGAUGCUGAAGAUGUAAAUGUUUCUUGUCCAGAUGAGAAAAGCAUAAUAACUUAUGUUUCCCUUUUCUAUCAUUGUUUUGCUAAAGAAAAAAGUGAAUUAACUGGGGCUAGAAGAGUUGCUAAAGUUGUUGGAGAAUUGGUUAAAUUAGAUUGUUUACAAGAAGAUUAUGAACAAUUAGCUGCUGAUUUACUUUGUUGGAUACAUCAAAAAAUAAAUGAAUUGGCUGACAGACAUUUCCCUAAUUUAUUAAUUUCUUUACGGGAAUUACUGGCAACAUUUAGUUGUUUUAGAAAAGAAGAAAAACCUCCAAAAUAUAAAGAGAAAGGAGAAUUGGAAGCUCUUUUCUUUGCCAUUCAAACAAAAAGGAAUGCCGGUCGUCGAAAGUCAUAUAUUCCACCAGAAGGACUUGGAUUACAUGAUUUAGAAAGUGCUUGGACAGAAUUGGAAAAAGCUGAACAUGCACGUCAAGGUGCUUUAAUAAGUGAAUUACAACGACAGGAAAGGCUAGAACUUCGUGCCCAAUUAUUUCAUAAAAAGGCGGAUGUGAGGGAUGCUUGGCUACGAGAAAUGCAAUCAGUACUUAACCAAUUCGAAUGUCAACAAAAUUCACAAACCGUAGAGGCUGGACUUCGCCUUUUAAGAAAUAUUUCAGCAGAAUAUUUACCAAAAACUUCUCGUUUUGCUUUACUUUCAGAAUUAAGUAUUGAAUUACAAAGAGAAAAUUUCCAUGAUUUUGAAAAUAUUCGUUCAAGAGAGAGAGAUAUACUUUCACGUUGGAAUAAAUUUUUGGCAAUAUUGGAACAGAAAGAACAAGAAUUGGGACGUUUAGGGGAAUUGAGUAAUUUAUUGGGUGAAUUGGAGGAAUUGAAGGAAGAAUUGACACAAAUGGGGAAAGAAUUGGGUAGACAACGGACACAGGAAAAUUGUAAACAUUUGGCAGCAGUAGAUGAAUUAUUGAGAAGAUUAGAAUUAACAGAAAAUAAUAUUCGAGCUAAAAAGGAAUGGUUAAUACAAUUAAAUAAAAAAGCUAAACAAUAUGUUAAAACUGUUUCUUCAAAUAUUGGAGGAAAUGAACAACUUUCUGAAUGUUUAAAUGAAAGAGAACAACAAUUAAAUUAUUUACAAUCAGAAUUAAAACAACACAGAGCAGCAUUGCAAAGAGCUAAAGAAUUCUUUCAAUUUAUUGCCCAUUGGGAAGAACAAAUAAGUUGGUUAACUGACCGUUUAUCUCUCUGUCAAUCACUGUCAACUACUCGAGACCUUUCGAAUAUUAGCCAAUCUCAGAGAGCACAUAAAAGUUUGGAAGCUGAAAUGGCUGGGCAAUGGGAACGGACAAAACUUUUAAUUGGGGAUGGAGAACGUUUAAAUCAACCAGAAGAGGUACAUGGACGGUUGGAAAUACUUCAAAAACAAUGGGAGGAAUUGCGAAUCGCAAACAUUGCUUUACUUUCAUGGAUUAGAGAGGCAGAUAGAUUACAACAAUAUUUUCAAGAUGCUAAUGAAACAGAAAGUUGGAUAAGGGAAAGAAUGCCCUUAGCUCAAUCAGAAGAUUUUGGGCGUGAUAUUAGUACAGCAGAAUGUCUUUGGAGAAGGCAUCGUCAAUUGGAAAAAGAAAUAUUUAGUUAUGAAACAGAAAUUAAAAGAUUGGAUAUAUUAAGUAAUGAAUUGGCACAAACAAAAUUUAUUUUGGAUGAAAAUAUUGUUGAGGGGGAGGAAUUGGAGGAUGAUAAUGAGGAAGGGGAAAAUAAUGAGGAGGUGGAGGAGGAAAUUGUUGUCCCUAAAAUUGUGGCUUUAUAUGCUUAUAAUGGAAAUAAUAAAAAUAAAAAUGGGGGAAAUAUUUUUGUUAGCCGAGGAGAGGAAUUAGCAUUAUUAGAUAAUUCUAAUAAAGAUUGGUGGAGAGUAUUGACACAAACAGGGAUGGAAGGAUAUUUGCCGUCAAAUUAUUGUGAAUUAAUAAAUGAUGAAAAUGUAACAAUAAUGCAACCAAAAAUAAAUAAAAAAAGAAAAGAAAAAAUAAUUUCAUUGGAUGGCCCUUCAGCAAUAGAAAAAAGACAAAAUAAAUUAAAUUCUGAUUAUCAAAAUAUUAUUUGUUUAUCUAAAAAAAGGGGAAAAGCUUUGGGAGAAGCAACUAAUUUAUUUAAAUUUUUUGCUGAAUGUACUGAUUUUGAACAAUGGACAAAAAUUACAGGGCAGAAUUUACAAGAACCUUUAAAUCAAGAACAUUUACCUGCUCUUCAGAAAAAGUUUCAGAAAAUUCGAGAUGAAAUUACCAAUCAAGGUCAAACCCAAUUUAAUCAACUUACCGAAAUGUCCGAAAAAUUAAUUACUCAAUGCACUAAUAUUAAUUCUUAUUCACAUUCUCGUGUUGGAGAAGUUUUAAAAAGAAAAGAAAGAAUAAUUAAUCUUUGGUCACAACUUCAAUCCCUUUUAAACAAAAAAAUAAAAAAACUAGAAUUUGCCCAAAAUCUGUGGAAUUUUAAUGAAAAAUGUGCAGAUACAAAGGAAUGGUUACAAGAGAAAGGAGAACAAAUGCCAGCACAACCGUCUUCUUCAAAGACACCAACUUCUGAUUUAAAAGCUUUACAAGCUGUUCAAAGGAAGUUACAAAAUAUUGAAAGAGAUCUUCGUCCUCUCGCAGAUAGAAUGAAUACUUUAUGGACACAAGCAAACCAAAUUUCUGAGGAACAACCAGAACGAGCUGAAGAAGUUCAAGCAAAAGUACAGUCACUCGAGGCAAUGCAUGCUGAAUUAUUGGCACAGGCACGUGCCUGGAUUGAACAGGCAGAGCGUUCUCAAGGGCAACAAAUGUUUGAGCAGGCAGCUAGUGAACUUCUCGACUGGACACAGAAAUGUUCGGAGCAAAUAAAUUUAUCCUGUGAUCUCUUUCCUUCCUCAUCUUCCUCUUUGCCUUCAGCAUCAGAAGAAGCAUCCGAAGAAGCAUUAAGAAGGAAUUCAGAAUUGCGUGAACAGAUAGAUGGAAAACAAUUUGAAUUUGGUUAUGUUGAAGAAUUAGGACAACGUUUAAUUGAAAAAGGAUAUCCAAAAGAACAAGUAAAACAAAAAUUGGAAGAAUUGGAGUAUGCAAGGAAUGAAUUGGAAUUUCAAUGGCAAAAGAGAGAAGAUGAUUGUCGACGAUUAUUGGAAUUACAAGCAUUUACGCGGGAGGCUGACCGUAUUAAUUCUUUGAAUAGAGGACAGCUAGCUUUUCUUGAUCUUUCUUUAUCUCAAGCUGAUUCUGUAGAGAAAGUGCAAAAUUUAUUGAAAGGACAGGCUGAAUUUGAAGCUAAACUGUCAGCACAAGAAGAGAGAGUUCUACUUUUCGUUGCUUCUGCUGACCGUUUGAUACGCACCGGACACUCACAAUCCACACAAAUUGAAAAUCAAAAACGAGAAGUAAUUUAUGGACACCAAGGAGUUAUUGAAAGAACCCAAAUGAGAAGAGCACAGUUAGAGAGAGGAUUAGCACUUGAAGGAUUGCGAAGAGAUGCUAGUGAAUUGGGUCUUUGGAUUAAUGAGAAAAGGCAUCAAAUGGAACAACAAAAUGAAGUUGGAGGGGUUGGAGGCCUUAAUUGGGCACAGACAAGACAUCAAGCCUUUAUGUUAGAAUUGCCAGCUAAUCGAGCUGAACUUAGUAGACUUGCAAAAUCAGGCGCAGCACUAAUCCGCGAUGGUGUUGCUGAAAGAGAAGCAGUCGCUAAUGUCUUAGAGCCUUUAGAAGUUGAAUGGACUAAACUUGAAACGCUUGCACGACAGAGAGGUGAUCUACUAGGCCAAGAAGAACAAAAAGUUGCUCUUCUUGAAGAAAUAAAUGAAAUUAAUGGAAAAAUUGAAGAAAUCGAAAAUCGUUUGUCAGAUAAAACGAAAGGGAAAGAUUUGCGUGGUUUAUUAGAGGAUCGUUUAAAUGAAAUUUCUAAAAAAGUAAAUAAAAUGAAUGAAAAGAAACAUUUUGCUGUGCCUGAACUUAUUGAAAAAGUGGAGGAACUUGUUGUUCGCUUUAACUCGUUACAUGAACCAUUGGAAAGAAUGAGGGCAGAAUUAGAUGAGUCAAUGGGUUGGCAUCAAUUAGCUUUUGAUGUCGAUGUUGAAUUACAGUGGAUUGGGGAAAAAAAAUUAAUUGUGGAAUGUCCACAACUUGGCCAUUCAUUAACAGAAGUUCAACAAUUAGUAAAACGCCACGAACAAUUAACUGCUGAACUAGAUUGUCAUCAACCUCUAGUUACCGAAUUAUUAAAUAAAGGAAGAAAAUUGGCAAAUGCUGAUGGAAUAAAUAAACAUUCAUGUCAUCAGGAGAUUGAUGCAAAAUGUUUGGAAUUAUCCAAUUCUUGGAAAAAAUUAAUGGAAAUAUCAGCAAGACGCCGAAACUUGUUGAAUAGGGCCCUUUCAAGAGAACAAUUAUUAUUUGAAUUGUCUGAAGCUGAGAAUUGGCUAUCUGAGAAAAAUAAACAGCUUGAAACACGUGAAGAAGGGGCUAUCUCUGAAGGUCAUGGGGGUGCUCAAACAUUGCUUGCUUGGCUCAAGACUCUGCAAAAUGAAUUAGGGCCAUUUCAUUCAAGCCUUGCUGAAUUAAAAAAUAAAUGUAGUAAUCUAAAAGAUUUUGGAAUUUUUGAGGAAGAAAUUGCUGAGAGAGAAUCAAAAAUAGAAGAACAAGCAAAUGUUUUAGAAGAACGUGCCCGUUUAUCCGCUGAAAAUGCUAAUGCUCUUGUUAAUCUUCAUAAUUUGGAAGAAGAACAACAAGAAUUAGAACAAUGGUUAGAACAAAAAUCAAAAAUUUUAUCUCAAGAUGAUUGUGGUGCUAAUUUGGAACAGUGGGAAAAAUUAAGAACAAAAUUUAAUGAUGAACGUCAACAAAUACGGACUUUAGGUCACGAGAGAUUAGAAAAGUGGGAGAAUGAGGCAAAUAUUUUGUCAAAAAAGGUGCCGGAACAUGCGAGGUAUUUAGAAGUAUUGCAAGGACAAAAUCGUCUCCAUACACUUUGGGAACUAAUUAAUGAAUAUAUAGAACAACGAGAGGCAUCUUUAGCACAAGCAGGAUUAUUAUACCGAUUUUUGCGUGAUUCUGAAGAAUUAGAAGAAAGAGUGAGAGAAAAAGAACUGACUUUACCUAAAGAUUUAGGUCGGGAUGCAAAACAAUCUUAUGGACUUAUUUUAAAACAUGAAGUUUUUGAAAAUGAAUUGGCACAGUUAAAAGAGGAAAUUGAGGUAUUGGUUGCAUCUGGAGCACAAUUUGAACAGUUAGACGAGAAUAUUCAAUUAUGCCCUCUUAUCGAUAGUUGGACUCGACUACAAGAAGCAAGUCUACUUCGAGGAGAACAAUUGAUGGCUACAUAUGAAACACAUAAAUUUACCUCGCAAGUACGCGAUCUUCUACAAUGGACACAGUCUGCACUUGUGGAAAUGGGUGGAGAACAAACGAUCAGAGACUUGCAAACAGCUGAAUGGCUAGCAGAAGAACAUCGACGCUUGCGGGCAGAAUUGGAAGGUCGAGAGCAAGAACGUUCUUUGCUUGUUAAUAUUGGACGUGAUCUAGAACGUGCUGGUCAUUGUCCUUCUGAACUUGUACAUCAACGUUUAUCUGGUUUGGAUCAAGCAUUUGCUGCUGCUGUUCAAUGGCAUGCCUUUCAACGUGAAGCCCUUCAAAUCCUUGCACAAAUCCAAGCGCGUGAUAGGUCCUUAGAUGCGCUUGAACAACAAAGAGAAUUCGAUAAUAAACAUUUAAAAGAAUAUAAACAAGAAAAAUCACCUGCACAUCGCAAAAGAGAAUUAAAUACACUUAUUUGUGUUUUGGCUACUUUGGAGGAAAGAAUUUCUAGAUUGGGGGAAAUGGCAGAAACUUUAGAAGAACAAGGACAUGCUGAAACUGAACAAAUUCAAGCAUUGACACGACGGGUGACAAAUGCACUUAACGAGUUGGGAGAACACACUAACUAUGUUAAAAGAUCUUUGGAUGCAGCCGAAGAAUUGGCCCAAUUUGAAGCAGAAUUGGCUGAUCUUACUGACUGGCUGAUAGAAAAAGAAGAAAGUUUUAGAGCUCAACAAGUUGCUUCAUUUAAUUCUUCUAAUGAUAGCGGCCAAUUAACAAACAAAUUGGAACGUUUAAAAAGGCAACAAGCUCUUCAAAGUGAAUUGACCGCAAAUACGCCUCGGCUAGAAAGAUUACUUGCACACAAAGAGAAGAUAUAUGUUCGGCAACGAGGUGCUGAUGUGAAACAAGCUAUAACUCGCUGUGAAGAGUUUUUCCAACGUUGGAAUCAGCUUUUGGCCCAGUCUAAAGCAUUGGACGCGGCAUUAGAAGAAGCACGUGAUUUACUCGAAUUGGAGCAAUUAGCUGACCGUUUUGGGGCAUAUCUCCGAGACAAAGAAGCUUUAGUGCAAGCAGAGGAAUUGGGAGGUGAUCUUGAACAUUGUCAAACUUUAAUAAAUAGAUUAAAAGAAGCUCAUAAAGGAGUAGACGAGAAAACAUUAAUUGAUGCAAAUACACUUGCAAAAAAUAGAUUAAUUAAUUCAAAAGGAGGAAAUACAGAAGCAUCUCAUAUUAUUGACAGAUUAAACGAUAUUACUAAAGGCUGGGAGCAUCUUUCUGGACGUAUUCACAAUUAUCAGGCUUUACUUGAAGCGGCAUUAGAAGUUCAUCGUUUUAAUAGGGAUGUAGAUGAAACUAACCAACGUAUUGGAGAGAAGACUUCUCUUCUUUCUGCUGAACAACAGGCUAAAGAUUUGGCUGGAGUUGAACGUUUAUUAAGAGCACAGGAUCAGGCUGAAAGAGAUAUGUCUGCUAUUCACCGGAAAUUGAAUGAACAUGAUGAACAGGCAAAAUUACUUUUGGCACAGGAUCCACCUUUACGUGAAACGGUGUUGGACUCUCUACGAAAGUUAGAACUUAGUUGGCAACGUUUGGCAGAAUUAGCACAUGCUAGGCGUCAAGCUCUUCAACAGACUUAUUCUCUGCAUCAUUUUCUUGAUUUGGUUAGGCGUACUGAUCAAUGGGCACAAUCAAUUAGGACAAAAAUGAGUGGACAAGCACCUUCAAGAAAUGUAGCUGAGGCUGAAAGAGCACUUCAAAGACAUGCUGAAAGACUUGCAGAAAUUGGGGCUAGAGAUGAGGAAUUUCGAUCUCUUCGAGAGUUUUGUCAACGUUUGUUACAAGAACAGCCAGAACAUCGAAGUGAUCUUCAACGAGCUCAACGUCGACUUCAAACACUUGAACAUCAAACACGCCAAUACUGGGAAAGGGAACAACAAACGUUGGAACGGUCUCUUCUUUUCCAAAGAAUUCUUUCACAAAUUGGUCAAAUUGAUUGUUGGCUAGCUGGAAAACAAGCACAAUUGGAUGGUUUAACGGCUGGGGAAAGUCCAGAAUCUGCUGAGGCUGCUAUUAGAGAACUUGGUCAUUUUAUUGUUGCUUUGGAAUCUCAACUUGCCGAACGUUUUUCAUGGAUUGAUUCAACUAAUGAAACUUUGGAUUCGAUAGCGAAUGAUCACCCAGAAGGAAGUAGAGUAAAAGAACGAGUUGAGGAAAUUAAAGAAAAAUGUAAUGAACUACAGAAACAGACAGAAACAAAACAACGUAAUUUAAAUGCUAAUAAACAUUUGGCACAAUUUUUACGCGAAUGUGCUGAAUUAAUAACUUGGAUGAAUGCAAAACUACAACUUGCUAUGGAUGAUGGUUAUUUGGAUGCUACGGCCUUACGUCUUAAAUUAAAGAAACAUUUGGCAUUUGAUGCUGAAUUAAGAGCUAGUGAAGAAAGAAUUGGGCGUUUACAAAAACGUGGGCAAUGUUUGUUGAAUGAAGAAUUUGUUAAAGAUUCUAAUAUUGGGGAUAAAGAAGAGAGUGAAGAGAGAGUACGUGCUCAGCUUGAAGAAUUAAAUAAUGGAUGGACUGAACUUUUGGAAAAAUCCGCAGAGAAGACAGACCGAUUGAAAAGUGCCUAUGAGAGUUAUCAAUUAGGACGUCGCAUUUCUGAAUCAGAAUGUUGGUUGGAACGUGUUGAGGCCAUAAUAAGCUCAGAGGAUCACGGGAUAGAUUGCAGCAGUGCUGAACAAUUAUUAGAGCAAUUUGAAAAUCUUCGAACGGAAAUUAGAGCAAAAGGGUUAUUAAUAGAAGAAUUAUUCCAAGAAGCAUAUAAAUUAAUGGAAAAGGCUGGUGAAGAUUUGGGGACAAACAGACAGAUUUUAUAUGAGAGAGCGGAAGCACUUCGAGGCCGUUGGAAUGCUGUAGACGAACCAUGUCAAAUUAGAUCUCAGAAUUUGUCAGAAGCAGUAAGUUUUUAUCAUUGGGCUGAUCAAACAGAUGAACAAAUUGAGUGGCUUGAAUCUCGCGUUAGAUUAUUAGAAAGUUCUGAUUAUGGCCGUUCUCUCCAUUCGGCACAAUCCCUUCUACAAAAACAUCAGAUCCUUGAAAAAGAAUUUUCUGUUCGUCAACCAACUUUUGAUCAAUUAAUAACAACUGGUGAAAAAAUGCUUUUGGUAGAAAUGAAGAAUAAUAAUUUAAAUGAAGAAAAUAAAAAAGAGAAAAAGCAAAAAGGUCUUAAAUCUGGGGAAUUAACUGAAAGAUUAGACAAAUUACAUGAUUUGAUUACACUCUUCCGUGCUUUAGCUUCUGUGAGAGAACAACGUUUAAACGAAUCUCUUCUUUCUCAAGAAUUUUAUGCAGAGGCUGCAGAAGCUGAACAUUGGAUGAAGGAAAGAUUAAUUCCUCCAACAAAUAUUCAAUUAGCUUCUCAUCACCAAGAAUCUGGAAGACAAGCAGAGGCACAAUUACGUCGUUGUUUGGCUCUUGAAAAAGAAAUAUCAACAUUCGAAGACCAACUUAAAAAACUUGGAGAGAAAUGUGAAAGGAUGGUUUCUGCUGAUCAUUUUGAUUUAACUAGUUUACAAACAAGAUAUGGACAAUUACUAGAAUUAUUUUCUCAACUUUCGUUGCAAUGUCAACAGAGGAAAACACAAACAACGAAUGCAAUUCGUUAUUUUGGUUUUGUUCGUAGAGCUGAUGAACUUCUUCAAUGGUUACGCGAAAGAUUAUCACUUGCUGAACGUGAAGAUUAUGGGCAAGAUUUGGAAGAAUGUGAAUUACUUGCACAACAAUUUCAUGAAGUUGUGAGGGAAUUGGCUUCUGCUGGAGAGAGAGUUGCACAAGUAUUGACAUUAAAAGAAGAAUUACUUCGUGAAAAACAUCCAAAUGCUGGUUCAAUUCGCGCAAAGGGUCAAGAUGUUCAACAACUUUGGCAUGAAGUGAAUGAAGCUGCUAAUGAACGACAGCAAGCAUUAAUUGAUGGAAAAAAUAUUCAUUUAUUUGAUCAAAAAGCAGAUGAAUUAUUAGAAAGAUUAGCUGAAAAAGAGGCUUAUUUGCUUGCUCAAAGUGAAGAACAAUUUGGAGGAAUUGAUUUAGAUCAAAUGUUUGGACAAAGAGAAAGACAUAAUAAUGAAUUUAUGCAUUCCUUGGAUGUUUUGAGUCGUCAAGUUUUGGAACUCUGCGCAGAAGCUGAUCGAAUUGUAGAAGUAUUUCCCCGCACUUCUGAGCAUUUAGAAGUCCGUCGUGGAGAACUUAUUGAACAAUUGAAGGAUGUAAGAGAAGGAGCUGAUCGUCAAGCAGAAAGAUUAGCACAAUCACAAGCUAAUCAUCAAUACUUUCAGGCAAAUUAAAGUUUA